AUGGCCUACAGCCGCAGCCUGCGGGGGUGCGUCUGUUCCCCAGCGCUCCAGGGUUUGUGGCCGUGGCAGAGGCAGCGCCCUCUGGAGUCUGCUCCCCCAGUCUGCAGGGUGAACCACCAGUCCAGCCCAGUACAGUACAAACAGCUGGAGAAGCUGGUGGAAGACAUUAUUGCUCGGUGCACUGAGCUGCCCUUACCUGCCUCCUCGCGGUGCCGAGUGAGCCUCAGAGGAGAUGAGCCCAGCAGCCAGGCCUCGAGAGCGGGAGGGUUUCUACUCCAGGCCCUGGUCUGUUUCCAUGCCGCCUGCAGGUUAGUGGAGCAGUGUUCGUCUGAGCCUGGCCUGAAGGAGAAUGUGUUCACAGCUCCAUCCAAGCAGGUUCAGGGUCAGGACCCGCUGGAGUCCCUGUGUCUGUGUCUGUGUCUGCCACACUGCUGUGACACUGUUUGCAUCCCCACCGUCACACACCCUCUGGUUUCUUCAGGCUGGCUCUGGAGCACAAAGCUGUCCUCUGUGCAGGAAACAGAAACUCUGAAUGCAGUCAGCUGUGGUUUUCUGCAGAGGCUCAGUGUGUCUCUUCUGUCCCAACCAGACCCUGCAGCCAGCAUCCUCCCACAAGGCUCCUGUGUGGUGACUCUGCUGUGCUCUGUGCAGGAGCAGGGAGACUCGGCCCUGCCUCCCUGUGUGCUCAGGUCUGCCCUCUACCUGCUGUCUGUCACACAGGACAAGAGCCCCGACCUGGACUGGGCUCCUCAAAACUGUAUCAGCAAGGCCCUGUCCUCCAGCCCCAGUUUCGCCUCCCUCUACACCCACCACCCUCCACUCCUACACUUCCUCUUCCGCUACCCAGAGCUGGCCGAGCACUUUGGGCCCCGGGUCCUGGAGCUGUGGUUGUCCCACCGUGCUGAGGCCACACUGCAGUCAGACACAAACAGGCAUGGUGUGUACCAGGGAGGCUCCCCUGGCAGAACGUGCUGUAGAGGUGCUGGGGAGUUUCCUGCAGGGCCGGCGGGGCUGUAAGGCCGGCCUGUGUACCCUACUCAGACCCACUCUGCUACAGGUGCUCCAGAGACUGGGCCUGGAGAGCAGCCAGGGGACAGGAGGUGAGGAGAAAAAAUGAGAGUAUACCAUUAUUUAGAUAUAUAGUUUAUCUAUAUAAUAGCCAUAUAUCCUCAUGUUACAAAUAUAAUUGGUAAAGAAGAUCCAUGUAUACUGAACAAAAAUAUAAAUGCAACAUGCAACAAUUUUAAACA